CCUUCCACUUAAUUAUACACCACUUUGUGUUUAUCAAUCCCAAUUAAAUACAUUCUAUAAAUAUGGACGUUUUGUAGAUGGUUAAAUAAUGUUUGUUACUCUCAAGUAAAUCGUGAUGAUUUUAAACAUUUAUGUCAGUGUGUGUGUGUGUCGUAUUAGCGAUAACACUGACAUUAGUCAUACUUCAGCCCCCCUCCUCUCUUCUCUUCUCACAGUCACCGCUGACACCUGCGACGCGUUUCGUUUGUGCUGCGCCAAAAAAGGCAAAGUCCAAUUUUUAAAAAAAAAGAGGUUACUGAUUUCAAGCCACUCGGGAACGAUAUACAUUUUUCUUUUUUCUCCGUCUAAAUGGAUCCCAGCAGCAGCAGUAGUCCUGCGGUGGCAGCAGGUGAAGACGAAGCCGUCCGUUUUGCGCUCCUCAGAGCCGGAGUUCUGGGGUUAAUUUUUGUGUUUGCCACAUGUGGCAACCUUUUCUUCUUAGUCACCCUGUGUAAGAGGAGGAAGAGGAACUCGCGGACCCAGCUUUUCCUCUUGCACCUGUGUCUAGCGGAUCUGGUGGUGGCUUUCUUCCAAGUCUUGCCGCAGCUUUCCAUGGAAAUUACGCACAGGUUCCGCGGGACGGACUUCCUCUGCCGCCUCGUGAAGUACUUGCAGGUGGUCGGGAUGUUCGCCUCCGCCUACAUGAUUGUGGCCAUGGCCAUUGACCGCUACCACGCUGUUUGCAAGCCCAUGGUCUCCUUCCUGGAGGGCUCCUUCAGGAGGUACAUCUCCAUAGGCGCAGCGUGGCUCAUCUCCCUCGUCUUCAGCUCCCCGCAGCUCUUCAUCUUCUCCCUCCAGGAGGUGGAGGCGAACCUGUAUGACUGCUGGGCGACGUUCGUCGAGCCCUGGGGGAGCAGGAUCUACAUCAGCUGGAUCACUCUGGCAGUGUUCGCGCUGCCCGCGGUCAUCUUGUUGUUUUGCCAGAUGAGGAUAUGCACAACAAUCUACUUCAACAUGAAGAGGAAGGCUCUGCAGUCGGGGCGCGCAGGCACGAAGGGGGUCUCCAGCGCAAUGCUCAAGACGGUGAAAAUGACUUUUGUGAUUAUAAUGGCGUACACGGUGUGCUGGAGCCCCUUUUUUGUCGUGCAGCUGUGGUCGGCGUGGAGCCCGAGCAGCGCGCCUACACAAGGUCCCAUAUUUUCAAUUAUCAUGCUGCUCGCCAGUCUCAACAGCUGCACAAACCCUUGGAUAUAUCUCUACUACAGCUGAGAAACCCCUCCCCCUCCAAAAAAAAUUCUCAUAAGAAAACGAGAAAUAAUUAACAGGAUUUCUACAGGUUCCCACCUGUGAGGACUGAGGUGCAGCGAUCCUUUUUUUUUGAAUCGCACGGAGAAGACUUUGAGGAAGAAAGGCACAUCUGUUUGUGUUCUCUGUUGGCGAAAAAUAUCCUCUCGCUCCUUUGUGCAAAAGAGAGAGGUGUAUAUUUAGCCGACUGCGGGGAAACCGUCAAAGUAACGGAACACAAAUAUAUUCAAACAGGCUUUAUCUUUUCAGAAGGCGCUGCAGUGACUGCAUGGAGGAUUUUCUCCUGCUGGACCAAGAUAAAACAGAAAUGAGCAAUCAGAGACAUAAACAUUCGGGGGGUUAUUCCUGUCGGUGUGUAGCUAUGGGUAAACAGGGCAUGUGGAGGCUGGGAGUAGAAACUGGCAUGUUAAGAUUCAGUUUUCAGACAUAAAUGAAAAUAAAUUGUCGCGUCUAGACAGUUGACUUUGCAAAUGUAUUUUAAUUUCAGUUUUUCCCAAGUGAAGCAAGGUAUUUCUUACUUUUUUCAGUGUUUCAUACCAAAAUGAGGUCAAGUAAGCGCUUUCAGCUAGAAAACACCAUUCAGACUUUGACUGGGUCAAGACAAUACGCUAUUAAAUAAUUGAUAUUUUCAACAUCUUUCAUGAUUACUAGAAAACCUAAGAUUUAUUCUGUGAGGAUUUUAGCCAGUUUGUAUUUUUUGCUAUGGUUGACCCCUAAAAGUAAGUGACAUCGCAUACAUUCUUAGCAUUAGCAUUAAGCUGUGUUUACGACAUCCCUGCAUAUAAAAACAGUGGAGGAACGUGAGCUUCGAAAGUUUUUGCUUUCAGAUUGUCCUUCCUCUUCAGGUAUUCAUGGGACAACAUUCAUCACUUUCACAAAAAAAAGAAGAAGUUUGUUGGACAAAAAGACCACAAAUAUGAAUGCAGAUAAUGUCACCAUUAACAUGUACAGAGUAAUUGAGAAGCGUUUAUUGUAGCCAUCAGGAAGUUCCUUUUGGCUUCUUUCUGGAAAUUCCUGACAUACAUUGUUACUUCUAACCUACUUCAAAAUGUUUUGUGUGAAAGGUUUACUGUCUGUUUAACCAAGGCAAAGAUCUGCAUUUCUCUGAAGUCAAAUCAGGCAUAAUUAUGAGUCAGAGUUUCUUAAACCCACAUACCCCACAGUAUGAUUGAACUUCCGACAUAAAUGGUUCUCCUUUUGUGGGAGAAACUUAAAUUUUGGUUACAACGUAGGCAUGACGACUUCUUUUCCUGCAGCUGCACACUUCACCAGACUGACUUUAUUCCCAUUUGGAAUAUGAAUUACGUUCUCUUUUCCAUUCCAGUAAAGUCUAUAGCGCAAUAGUUUGCCUCGUGUUGUUUUCCUUUGCACCUCACAAGCCCAUCCAUGUCUGCCAAUUUGCAGCAGCCCGUCAACAGCACGUGCCCAUUAGCGCGUAUGGCGCGUCUGUGUCACAAUAUAAAUGAUCUAAUUUGCCGUAGAAAUUCCCAUCAAGACAACGCAGAAAGGAGACAUGCCCAUUUCGAAACACAUGCUGAUUUUCACGUCAGGUAAAAAAAAAAAAAAAAAAAGAAGAAGAAAGAAAGAUAAGAAUGUUCUCAGUGCAACCUGAGAGCCUGUGGCACUUUGUUUUAUAUCUGCUUCAAAUAAGAUUAGCUAUCUGAUGCAGCCAAAAUACAACUGUGACUAACUCAAAGCCCGAGGGUGGAGAAGUGGGAGAUAAAUCCUGCUGCAGGUUUGUGCUCAUGUAAUUGCAUUGAAUACAACCAUCACUACAGACUUAAUGGGAGGAGAAAGAGGGUGCUUUCUGAGAUGCCCAUGUUUAAAGGAAUACAGCGAUUUAUUUCAAAAAGGCCAGAAUAUGAAAGCAUAGUAGCGACAGAUGAUGAGACGUCCUUUGUCGGGCAGUGUUCACCCCUUUGCUUCUUUUAGCUUUAGCAUUGAUGCACAUCGGCCUCAUUUUGAAGCCCACUUGCAAAUGUUUGAAGCUAAAUUUUAAGUGAAGGAUGCAGAAAAAAAAAACCUUUUAUGAUGCAUCCUAAAAGAUGUCAUUGCAGCAGACGUGGCUGUCAAUAUAUUCAAUCCAGGUUUUUGAUUAGCUGUAAUCCUACUUGCAAUUUCUUCCGUCAAAAGUUUUUCCAAGUUUUCCAAAAGCUCAGCUUGACCUCAGCCCAUCCUGUUAGCUGUUUUUUUUUAUUUAUUUCUCUACCUAAUUGAAUUGCAAACAGGCAGAAGCUGCUUCCUGGGAAAGCCUCGCUAUCUUCUUAUGGCCUUGUCAUGCUUUGUGGGCAUCAAUUAUUCAAAUUUCCAAAGUGUUAGGCAGACACUUGGGGGCACACUAGUGACUGCUGAUUGAGCAGAUGCAAUGUGACAAGUAAGAGUAUUUAUACCAGAUUUAUAGACACCUGGGUCUUAAACUUUGAGAAAAACAUGCAAGAGAAAAAAAAAUCAAAGUAAUAAAAGUGUGGAAAACAUUUUUACAUUUCUCCAUACUCUAUUUUAUUAUGAUUGAUAGUCACAGAGAAGUGAAAAGUGGUGAAAUGAAUAGUUUUCACCACCACACUAAAAGCCUGACAAAUUGAUGACGACAGUCUGGGGAGGAUUAUGAAGCUGAUUAGCUGAAAUGAAUUUAAACCAUCUUGUAGAUUGGUGUCAGGUUGCAAAAUGAAAUUUAGGACCAUUUGGAGAAAAAGUGAAAUGUGCAGUUCACAUUUAAAAAUAUAGAUACAUGAAUAAAUUAGAACAUGCGUCCUGAUAAGGCUCAUUUGUCAGGAUAAAAGUACGUUUUUAAAAUUGACAACAUUAAGCAGGUAUAAAGCAUACUUUUCAUUAUGACUACAUUUUUAUAUUAAAAAUGUUU